AUGGCCAUUUCUUCAGACCAGAUCAAAUUCUGGUCUGAAAAUGUCGAAAACCAAAUCCCGAAACCCAUCCUCAAAAAGCUGUCACCUUUGAGCCAAAAAAACUGUGAUUAUUACAGCAAUUUACUUCUUUCGAAAAACAGCAUACACGCAGCCGAUGCCAAUUUCUGCGCACUCGCUAAACUGGCAUGCACCUCUGUUUUCCAGAAGGCCAAUAUAGUGAAAGACACGUACACCAGGGAGAAAACAUACGGCAGAUUCUCUGCGGCUCUUCAUCGUCACCAGGACAUAAAAAACGAGGAUCCCUUUGCGUUUUACAGGCUGUCAGCUCUGAAAGAAGGAAAACUCAUACACCUCCCGCACUUGAAAGAAUCGCUCCCCGAUAGAGCUUUUCUCCCCCAACAAAUGGCGUCGAAGAUUCCGUUGAACUACGAUGCUAUUAGUAGAAUAUUCCCUGAUUCGGAUAUUUCCGGAAAGACGAAAGAAACGAUACAAACAACUCUCGCGUACUGCAACGCCGAAGCAAUCCAGGGCGAGACGGAGAGCUGUCCGAAAUCCCUGGAAGAGAUGGUCGGGUUCGCCAAAUCUACGUUGGGGGGUAAGAAAGUUGUUGCGUUAACUACGAAGAACACGAGGGGUUCGAAUUCGGCGGUUAGGAUCGGAAAGAUUAAGGAAUACGGCGGAGGUAAGAAAAUCGUGGCGUGUCACGAAGCUUUUCUUCCGUUUGCAGCUUACUUUUGCCAUUCGCUUUCGUCGACACGUUUGUACGCGGUGGAUGUUGUUGUGGAUCGUGAGACGGGGUCGAAUGUCGUAAAUACGAUGCUGGGAAUAUGCCACAUGGACACUUCUCAGUGGCCGAAGGACCACGUGGCGUUUCAGAUUCUGAAAUUCGGGCCUGGAGAAGGAGAGGCAUGCCAUUGGUUCACGAAGCUUGAUCUUGCAUGGAUUGCUGAUGAGUAA